AUGCGGCGGGGCGCGCUCCUGGCGGGCGCCCUGGUGGUGUACGCCGCGUACCUGCUGCUGGGCGCGCUGCUGGUAGCGCAGCUGGAGGGUCCGCACGAGGCGCAGCUCCGGGCCGAGCUGGAGCAGCUGCGGGCGCAACUCCUGCAGCGCAGCCCGUGCGUGGCCGCCUCUGCCCUGGACUCGCUGGUGGAGCGAGUGCUGGCGGCCGGGCGGCUGGGGCGCGGCGUGUUCGCCAACACCACCUCGGACACCACCUGGGACUUUGCUUCAGCGCUCUUCUUCACCAGCACGCUGGUCACCACCGUAGGUUACGGGUACACGACGCCACUGACUGACGGGGGCAAGGCCUUCGCCAUUGCCUUCGCGGUCCUCGGCGUGCCGGCCACCAUGCUGCUUCUGACUGCCUCCGUCCAACGCCUGUCUCUGCUGCUGACUCACAAACCCCUCUCCUGGCUGAGCCUGCGGCGGGGUUGGGACCCUCGACAGGCAGCCCGUUGGCAUCUGAUGCUCCUGCUGGUGGUCGUAGUGACCGUUUUCUUCCUGGUGCCAGCCACCAUCUUCAUCCACCUCGAGGAGUCCUGGAGCUUCCUCGAUGCUUUGUAUUUCUGCUUCAUCUCCCUGUCCACCAUUGGCCUGGGUGACUACGUGCCUGGUGAGGCCCCAGGCCAGCCCCACAGGGCCCUCUACAAGGUGCUAGUCACAGCCUACCUCUUCCUGGGGCUGGUCGCCAUGGUGCUGUUGCUGCAGACCUUCCGCCACGUGUCUGACCUUUAUGGCCUCACGGAACUCAUCUUGAUGCCUCCCCCGUGCCCUGCCAGUGCCGGUCAGGAGGAGGAGGAUCAGGGGGGCAUUCUGGACCCCUCGCCAGACCCCCACCGGCAGCUCACUGCUGACUCCCAUGCUGACUAUGCCACCAUCCCCAGGUAG